AUUGCAAAUGUUAUGGGGGAAAAAAUGUCCAGGACAUUGUCUGCAAGAAUAGUCACGUUGUGUGCGUCAAACAGGAAUAUAACAGAUGGAGCUGAUAUUUGACCAUAUGGUGUUGGGAGCCUCAGUCCCAUAACAACGGACUCUACCAGACAGGGGCACAGGGACUCCCAUCUAAAUAAGUCUGUAGUUUUAAACAUUUUACUCUACUGUUGUGUGGGAAAAGUCUACAGAAAAUUGAAGCACAGACAAAUAUUCGUGAAGGAUGUGUAUUUGCCGUGUAAAAUGAGAAAUGCAUGAAGGAACAAAUCAAUUUAUACUUGGUUUCUCCCUCUUUAUGGUCCAAGAGCUUGUGUUGCCAGCCCUAGUAACAUUACGCUCCGAGGACGUCUUGCUCAGGCCUAGGUCCAGCAAAUGCUCUUCACCGUGAUUCCUUGAGGUCUGAUUAUCCCGGAUACCAAGGGAAAUGGAGGAGGCUACUCAAGUCGGAGUGGUCAGGGACUCCAUGCGGGUUAAUCCUCUUUUAAUUAGGCCCACGCUGGGAAAGACUCGAUCGAAAGGGUCGUCGUUUCCGGGACCUGACUUCGUGUACGGAGCUGUGACAACCGUCAACGAUGGCGGGGUCGCUGAAGCCAUCUCCCACUGGCGCACGGCUGCCUCCCGCAGCAGCGGCUCGGGGGCUCGCACCCGGCGCGUGGAAAAGAAUUUUGUGGCAUUGAACCGGGAGGGGGUCAAGUCGGGCCUGGUUACAGCCAAAGAGCAUUACCAGUACCGCUCUACCCACGACAUCAGGCUCGUCCCUUCCAAGGGGAGUUCUCGGAGUGCAGCUCACCCACGGUUUCCCCCCGACGUGACCUUUGGCAUGUCCACACGCACCUCCAACCCAGUCUGGGAGCUCCUGCAGUACAGGUUUGCCCAAAGCUGGCUGGAGGAGCAGCAGGCACAGGAUAGGAUGCUGCUAGAGAGACGGCACAAGAAGAGCCAACUGGGUCAAAUCCGCGAGACACGCACCACGCUGCUCAGAAAGUGUCAGCCCACGGCCGAGCCCUCCGCCCUGUGGAAGAUACCCCGCUUCCAGAAGGUGGGACCUGCGCUGGAUACCUUCCGUGAUCCUGAAGCUCGGAAGAGAGCCUUCAAAGCCCACUUCUCAGAUUCCGUGGCACGACGGGGACAGCUUGGCCAAGGCACCUACAAUGUCAAUUAAAGCGGCGCAGUCAGAGAGAAAGGCAGGGAAAGAGGACACGAGGUCAAAUAUAUUUGUAUAAACUUUUUGUAGAAUAGAUCAAUA